CAACUCAUUUUGAGUUGUGGAGUUACUUUAUAUUUAUUGAAGUCUACUGCUGGCUACUUCCUGUAUAGCCUUGAUGAAUGAAUGAACUGAGCCUCGGUUCAGUGUCAAUUCGAAUUGACGCGCAUGUAUGAGCGUCACUGACGCCCGUGACUGUGGGAGGAGACGCUCACUGGAGCGCAACAGAUAAACACACGGACAGUGUUGAUGUCGGUGCGGGUAACCUGUCCACCAUGAGCCACCGGUACUGUGCGCUCAGCUGCCUCCGCGUCGCGCUCGUCCAGCUGCCCCUGCUGCUGCUUCUCACGCAUGGUCCGGGGCGCGUCGCGGAGCUGGCGGUGGCGGCGGAAUACUCCUCCAAAACCGACUUGGACUACGAGUUCGGGGACUACAGGGGCAAGUGGUGUAUCGACGACCACGGUUUCGUCUACGGCAUCGGAGAGGUUUAUUACCCGAGCCCCACGGCGUGUCCGUGCACGUGCACCGUGGACGGUCCCGUGUGCGUCCGACCCAAGUGUCCCCGCAUCCACCCCCGGUGCACGCGGAUCAGAUAUAAGGCAUGCUGUCCAGUGUGCGAGGCUGUGGCCAGGGUCUGUGUCUACGGGGGCAAAGUUUAUCGGCUUCUAGAGGAAUUCAGGUUGUCGAGAUGUGAGCGAUGUCGCUGUGAGGCCAACAGAGAGGUGUACUGCAGCAUUUCAGACUGCCCCGCCCCUCACUGCGUCAACCCCACCUACGAACCCAACCACUGCUGCCCGAUCUGUAAGACGGGUCCCAACUGCUUUGCCGGGAACAGGGUGAUCCCGGCAGGGGAGCGUGUGAACAUUGACGAGCAAACGGUUUGCUACUGCACCUACCGGGACGGGACGUGGCACACCCACCCCUAUGCCACCUGCGAGCAGCGCCCCCAGCCCAGCGAGCCACCUGGUGAUCGCACCGACUCCCCCAGGGACGAGGAAAACAAGGGGAGAGGGGGUAGACCGUUUAAUCCCAGACUGGAUGUGAUACCGUGAAGUGGCGUGUUAAUUAAAUGUGUCAGAGAGCUCUGCAGGUACAAGUAAACUCUAUCUGUUAGUAUCAGGAGAGGUUAACUGGGCUUCAAUAUUUCAAUAUAGCAUUACUCAACUUGCACAUUUAUGUUGAAAACACAACCAGUGAGAUUAUGUUACCAUGGUAACAAACAACGACACCUGCGCUGUGCAGUAGCACCCAAUAACAAAACACAGGAAAAACAUGGUGAGAGCAAUGACAGGGGAAAGAGUUUUUGGAGACUGCAGCCAUUUUUUUUUUUUUUUUUACAAAUCAGAUUUUUCUUGUCAUUGUUUAACCUCUUCAUACUCUCUUGUAACUGUUGAAUUCUUCCAAAAGACAAACAUUUUCUGCUGUGGUAAACAGAGCUCAGUGGUUGGAUGCAGUUCCUCGGUCAGCCAUUUUUUUAUAUAGAAAAAAGUCCUUCAGAAUUCAUUGUAAG